AUAAGCGAAAAGCUGAGAGACCGACCGAUGCAUCCCAUCAAAUCCAAGCCCUAUACUGCAACAGAACUCAUCGAUAGAAUUUCAUAAUCUUUUUGUAGAUAAAUGAGUGAAAUUAUUAUGAGGAUGCCUCUGGCUGUAAUGGCUGUAAUAGCACCUUUCUUGGCAACAAGUUAGAGACAUACACCAUAUCGCUAUCACAUCUCUACAAUAUUCGAGAAACAACAAAUGAUCACUUUGACAAUAAAAUUUGAGAUGUAAAGAUCUUUUUAUGGUUAAUGCAGUGAACUGAAUUUAAGAAAAGAGUUGGAAGGGGUUUGCAUGGUUUUCCAAUGACUUGAUGGCAAUACCCGCAAGUAGGUCUCAAUAGGCUCCAUGUGGCAAUAUGCUCCACCAUAAAGUAUUAUCUUGAAGAGAGCUAAUGGGAGUUCAUUAAAAGGGGGCUGGGAUACUUUGACUGUGUUUUCCCAAAUAAAUUUGCAGGGCUGAUAGGGAAGGAUCAAUCAUCUUCUUGUGUCAUAAAAUGUUUGCAUUAUCCUGUUUGAUUAUGCAGGAAUGCAGAAUAUCAAAAGCUUUAGGCAUACCGUAAGAAAUUUGGAGGAAGUUUCUGUUUCUUGUAGAGGCUUAGAGAGAAUUCAAUUACUAAGAAGAUGGUUGGUUGCACUUAAAGAAAUUGAAAGAAUAUUGGGAAACUAUUAUGAUGAUAAUGAAAAAGAUCUUGUGCAGAAUGAUACUCCUGCUGAGUCCAAGGAUUCACCUGGAAAACCUACUUUGAUUAUGUAUUAUGAUCCUGAUCUUGGGGAUGAACCAGUGAAUUUCCGUGACGUCUUUCUUCACAGUCAAGCACUUGAAGGCAUAACAUUAUCUAUGAUUCUUGAAGCACCAAAGGAUGAAGAGGUUUCUUUACUUCUGGAAUUGUUUGGGCUCUGUCUUACAGGAGGGAAGGAAGUUCAUAAUGCAAUCAUCAGCAGCAUACAAGAUUUGGCACAAGUGUUCUCAGACUAUGAAGAUGAAGUACUGGUAAAGCGGGAAGAGUUGCUCCAAUAUGCUCAAGCUGCAAUUGCAGGGCUGAAAGUAAAUGCUGAUAUUGUAAGAAUAGAUGCUGAAUAUUCAAGUGCACAGAAAAAACUUGACAGAAUGAAAGCAUCUCAGCAGCCUUCUAAUGAAGGCAAUGAUAAAUCAUCUCAAGAAUCAACUGUUGAAACAAGAGAGGCUUUAAAGGAGGCACUUGCACAGAUUCUACUAUGUUCCCAAGUGGAGGCGCUCUUACUAAAGAAGAAAUCUUUAAGAACUGGUGAUUCUCCAGAGGUUCAUGCUGAAAAGGUCAAUAAAUUGAAAAUUUUGUCAGAAUCUCUUAUUAGCUCUACCUCAAAAGCAGAAAACCGCAUUUUGGACAACAGAUAUCAAAAAGAAGAAGCACUCAACUUUCGUGUGGCAAAAGAUACUGAAAUUAACCAACUUGAGAAGAAUAUCCAGAUGCUCAAGUAUCAUGACCUUCUCCAGGAACUGACAGUGGAGAUAGGAGCACUUGAAAGGCAAAGAGAUGAAUUUGAAGCUGAAUUGAAAAAGGUCAAUGCGUCAUUGGCUGCUGCCCGAGCACGCCUUCAUAAUGCGAGGGAAGAAAGUGAGCAGUUUGCUGAAGCUAGCAAUCAAAUUGUUAUACACUUGAAAGCAAGGGAAGAUGAGCUGUCAAGAUCCCUUGCUUCGUGUAGAGUAGAAGCACAUGUUGUUACUACAUGGAUUAAUUUUCUGGAAGAUACAUGGACUCUCCAGAGAGCAUACACAGCGCAAAACGAGAACCAGGUCAGAGAUGAACUGGAGAAAUAUGGAGACUACUUCGUGAAUUUAGUUAUUCAUCUUCUCUCUGCUUACAAGGAAGAGUUGGAGCCUUCUGUCUCUCGUGUGAAGAAACUAGUGCAGAAUUUAAGUGGAGGGUCAGCAAUAAUACCAAGUAUGGGUGAUGAAAAUUCAAAAGCAAUGAACCUAAGGAAAAAUCUUGAAGAGGAAUAUCUGGAUUAUGAAGCCAAGUUCAUAACCACUUUCAGUGUAGUGGUCAGCAUGAAGAAGCAGUUCUAUGCUCAAAAUGAAGACCUCUCCAGAAAAGAUGAUCAAAAGGUCCAAGAGCUAUUCGAUGCACUGGAAAAAAUAAAGGAUGAAUUUGAAUCCAUUGAGAGACCAACUUUGGAAAUUGAAACUCCAACCAGAAGAAGUUCACAGCCACCAAUCCUAGAGACACCCCAAAAAAGUCCAUCCGGUUACCUCAAACAUAUUAUGCCAGAAUAUAAGUCAAUUAAGAGAGACAAGGCAUUGGAUAGAGAGGCAGAGCUGUUAGAGCUGGAGUCAGAAUUUGGGAAGAGUAGCAGGGACCACUCAUCAGACGAGAUCAGUGACUGGGUGUGCGAUGAACUUGAAAGGUGACUGAAAACCUUGAACUGGCUACAGGAAGUGUGUCAAAUUUUCCAGGUGAUAUAAAACAUAUACGUGGUAGUUUAAAUCAAAUAACAAGACUGCAUUCCAUCAACGCCUGGAGAGGAAAAAGGCAAAGGCGGGCAUUGUUUUGAUACAAAAAAAAAAAAUUUACUUGUAUGUGACUACUGAACAUCUUGUAAACUCCCAAAAAGCUGCAUUUAAAUGGGAGCAGCCUCCUUUGACAUGUAGUAUUGGAAAGAUAUUUGACUCACUUGAUUUGGUGUUAAUUCUCCAAAACUUGUAAUGAUGGAAGGUGUAUAACAUUGAUUUUGUGGAGGCAAAUGUAAUUGAAGGGGAUAUGGCUGGGGGUUAGGCUAUGUUUGAAUCGUGGAAAAUAAUAAGGAAAGAAAAAAAAUUAAGAAAA